GACCGGAUACAGCAAAUGGAAUAGGAACUCUAUUGAGUCCGAGUCUUAAGCUACACGUAGUUUCGUCAGGCCCGACUAUAAUCAAUCUUCCACUGUCAGACAUGCCCACUUCUCAAAGAUAUCUCGAAUAGCAACGUCAGGACACGAAAAUCAUCAAUGUUUCCCUUCAAGUCUAAAGAACAAGGAGAGGCCGAAUACUCUGCCUCUUUUUCGGACGAAUCACUUGCAGACGCACAUGAGAGGGAUCCGUACAUGUUAUCUAAGCAUCAUUUAUUGGCACCUCGAUCGCGAGCACACAAAGGCCAGCUUGCCACCUUCUCAAUCCUAGCGCCUCUCUUGAUGGCAGCUAUGUUCUCAGUAGCUUGGAGCACAUAUCAGAGUGCCUCCAUGCUUAGCGCCGCUCUCGUUUCUCACGGGACGUCCGGCUCCGAAGAUGCCGCCGUUGACGGUCUCAAGUUGCACCAUGGGGAGUACGGUAGAGUUUUGCACUGUGAAGGAGACUCAACUACAUUGAAGGCACGAGGGUGCACAUUUGACCUCCUAGUUCCUGGUUGGAUACCAAAUCCAUGCUUUGACAAAGAGUUGAACUCCGAGUAUGUCGGCCCUGGUCUACACGAUUAUGGCUGGUUUACCACCGAAGAGUCUACGGAAAGGAUUCCUCAAGAGGUAGUCAACGAAGGACAGCUUGCAGAUGUCUGGACAACUUGGGAUAUGCACAUUGCGCAUUGCGAAUAUACGCUUAAAGGAAUGGGAAGGGUUUUGACAAAUCCGAACUUGGGCGUUCAUGAAAGACAUCUUGAUGAAGAGCAUGUUUAUCACUGUGUUGAUGUCCUGGCUCAUCGUGACAAGACACCUUUGAACAGGACACAAACACAUAUCAUGUACAAGGACGUCGCAUGCUAUGUUGACUUCAAGAGGUGAAGAUUGGGCGGCGUUACGGAUUCAGGAUAUCAAAGUUGAACUUGGGUAGCGAUUUUCUUGUUGUUGAGGAUAGCUAGAAUGAAUGGCAGGGGUCAACUUUUCCAAAGACAGCAGCAAGUAUCAAAGCAAUACCGUAACAUGUAUCAUUAGUAGCCCUAAUCAAAACACC